AUGCCAGUGCUUCCUUCCCCCAAGACCGUUCCUUCCUUGGUAACCAUAUGCAUCAUCCCCAUCGCCUUGACUCCGCAGUUGAACGCCGGCAAACGAACGACUACUGUGGCCGAAGUUGGUGUCUCCUUUGGCUUCGACAUAUACGACAGCAUCACAACAUACCUCGAUGCCGUCAAAUGCCGCAGUGAGGAGCUCGCUUCUUCGCUGUUUCGCGUACGCACCCAGCAGGUGCCUCCGACAGCAGCCGUGGCAGAAUGCCUCAUCUCGUUCGAAGCGGAGCUUGAAGCUCUGGAGGAUUUAGUGGCAAAGCUGGCAGGCCGUGACGCGAUAGAGCCAAAGUGGGCAGAGAAGAUAGGGAGCAAGCCAAGAAGCUAA